GGAGGGGAGUCAAGGAGGGUAAAUAGAGAAAUGAGAAGCCUUCCCCUCCUCUCACCUGGGGCCCCUUCCCGGCUCCGGGGGGUCCGAGCAGGAUGGCACGGAUCCCCUCCUGCACAUCGCGUCCUUCAGUUGCGCGCUGGGGGCCAUGUCUGGAGCGGGACACCAGCAGGGCAGACACUUUAAUAAAGUCUGUCUGUCGUCCAACUGACACGUCACACAAGUUCAGCCAGGAAAAGACACGUCUCUCCGCCUCCUGUCUGCUACAGCAACCAAACCCCGCCCCCUAAUGCUGUUGUGAUUGGCCGCAGCACUGCUCUGUCACUAAUUGUGAGCGUUGAUUGGAGGAAAUCUGGGUGACGGCUCCUGUGUAAUACCCGACAUGGAUUCCAUCAGGAAUGUUUAUUUUCUUUUCUUAAAUUAAACUAUAAUACAAAUAAAAAAACGUGAAACAAUUGAGGAUGAUAUAAUUAAGGUUUUUGUUUUCUCAGUCAAAUGUUUUCUUCUGAUUAGUUGCUUGAUUAUUAUUAAUAUUUUGUAUUAUUUCAUUAUAUUUAGUUUUUCCUUUUUUUCUUUGUAUUUGUGAAGAAAUCCAAAUAAAUUGACAAAAAUGUUCACAAAUAUAAUUUUACUGAAGUUAUCUUGACUAAACAAAUCAAAUCAAAUCAUUUAUUUAUUUAACUGGCAGUAAAAAUACAAACCAAUAACUCAUUUACAAAAUAGUUAGAUUUUGAGGAACUCUGUAUAAAGCCCUACCCUAGCUUUUUCUUAAUUUAGCAGCGUGCAGUGAAGCGUUCCUUUAGUUCCCUUUUAAAGACGUGAUGAUCACAGCGAUAAAAUGCCUGAAGCUGAAGUUUUGUACUCUGAUGUAAAGUUCAAACGAGACAAGGGAAACAACGAUGGCAGGGCAUCCUCAGCGGCUGACACCAUCUACUCUGCGGUCAGGAUCUUGGAGAAGCAGCCAUCCACAGAGCUUCCUGGUUCCCAGCAGCAGUCUGAGUCAGCUCCACGAUGUAGAGUCACCUCAGAGAGAGCGGCUGUGAUUGUUCUCAGCGUUCUCCUGGCAGCUUCUCUCGUCACUCUCGGAGUAACCUCUCAUCAAAACAUCCAAACCAUAGAACGUCUCCGAAAGAUGACAGAUGAGCGUGGCGCUGAGAUGAAAAACCUCACAGAGAGAUUCUCGGCAGUAAAACCUUGCAAACCGGAGCCAACGUGCCCUGCAGUAAACAGGGGCUCAUGUAAAAGAUGCCCAGACAGCUGGGAGCGUCAUGGAGGGAAAUGCUAUUAUCUCUCCAUCAUUAAAGCAACCUGGACACAGAGCAGAGCUGAAUGCAGACGUACAGGAGGAGAUCUGGUUCAGAUCGAGAGCAGAGAGGAGCAGACAUUCCUGCAGCAGAAAGUGAGAGUUCAAAUGACUGGAGAUGAGGACAAGUUCUGGAUCGGACUGACGGACUCAGUGACAGAGGGAGCAUGGCUGUGGACAGACGGUUCAGCACUGGACAGGAGUUUGGCUUUUUGGUCCACCGGAGAGCCAGACAACUAUAAAGGGAACGAUACUAUGGAAGAGGAUUGUGCGAGGAUGGGGGAGAGAGGUGGAGCGUCAGACCUGAAGUGUUGGUUUGAUAAAUCCUGUGAAGACCCUCACAGAAGUAUCUGUGAGAAACCAGAAGACCCCUAACUCAGCCUGUUUAUCUAUCUCAGUACAGGAUGCAGAACGUGGAGCAGGGUGCUUUUUAAUAAAGCUCUUAUACAAAUAAUAUACACAGCCAUGCAAACAUUAAAAUGCAGCUUCUUGAAUGUGUUGAAAGAUUAAGAACAGAAGUUCUAUUUCAAACUAUAAUGGAACUGGAUUCGCACAAAAUAAGUGACAUUUUCAUUUUGGGCUCUGAGUAAUAGUGACAGCAUUUCUCCAUAUUAUCACCAUUUACAAAUCAAUCAUUCAAAUGAUGGAGAAAUGGUUUCUGCAGAUGGUUCCAUAAAUGAUAAUAUCCAUUGCUUGCAUUGCACUCAAACACAUGUGAUAAUGAGCUCCACCUGCGAACUCCAACAGCAAAAUGACAUGGAUGCAUCGGUCACAAUAAUCUAAUGAUAUGACGUAUAAUAUUAUAACCAUCGCAGCUUUUAGCUUUUUGACUUAUUCAUAAUAUUGCACUUCAAUGAACAUCUUGUGUCAGCAGCACUUCAAUGAACAUCUUGUGUCAGCAGCACUUCAAUGAACUGCUGUGUUUCAUUUCUACCUAAACAUCACAUUUCAUAUUCUCUUCACUUUCUUUAUAAAAAUGUGUAUUUGUUAAGUAGCUACUAACGAAGGUUGUCCAGUGCAUGCUAUGAAGUAAAAAGUAAAAAAUAAGUACUUGAGAAGUGAUGUGUACUUUAGUGAAGUAAAGUAUUUUAAAAUC